UCUUUUCUCAAGAAAUUUAAGAGAGACUGAUAAACGACAUUUUUUUUACUAUUUGAAAAUGCUGUGAACUUGAAGGAAUUAAAAUGAGUUUGAAAGAUACUGAUACAAUGAGACCACCCGAUAAGAUCCAAUAGGAAUCCGAGAAACAGAAACACACCGGAUUCUGUCAGCAGAAGCCUGGAGGCACAAUAGACAACGUUCGCGUGACUGUAGGAAUGUAAUAAGCACAACAACCAGCGUGAAGGCAAUUGAAUUUCUUGAGUUACUACAUUUUUUAGAAUUUCUUAGAUUUUCUUUCGUACCCAUAAGCUUUCUAACAAAGUCUUAAUUCUACCUAUUCUUGUCUCUUGAAUUCCUGCAGUUUUAUUAAUUUUUCAAUUUCUGAAUCAUAUGUACAUCUCUUUAAGAGAAAGUAAUCAUCAAAAAGAAAAUCAGACCACCUCUUACAGAUAUACGGCUAAAUUUACUGAACAACUACUAAAUUGUAAAUGCUCUUCUCAUAAUGAAACUUCAAAAUACAGAACAAUUCGUUGACGUUUACCAAGAGAGAAGCUUCUUCGAUAUGACUUGCUUAAUUGACUAUUACCGAAAACUCAUUCAGCAAGAAUAGGUGAAUAUGUCGAACAAUAUCUGAUCAUAAAUUUCAUCUGGAAUGACACGAGUGACUCCUCUUCCAUAAUAUUUUCCUUAAUGCUUCAACUCUCGAAUAUGAAAGUUUGUAAAAAGAGAAAAAGCCCAUUUUUCGACCCUCAUGCUGCUUCACAAAAUUUGCCUAACGUCUCCUAAAAUAAGACGAUAACUCCUUGUCCCUUUUUCUCGAUUCAAUGUACUCAUCUAUACUGUUUCGUACAGACACUUACCACAUUAAAUCUGAGCAGCAACCAAAUCGGAGAUGUUGAAGCCCGGCAUCUAGCAAAUGCAUUACAACAUAAUAAGACACUCACCACAUUAGAUCUCUUUAACAAUCAAAUCGGAGCUGUUGGAGCGCAGCAUCUAGCAGAUGGAUUACGGGAUAAUAAGACACUUACCACGUUCAAGCUCUACUACAAUAAAAUCGGACCUGAUGGAGCUCAUCAUCUAGCAAAUGCAUUACAACAUAAUAAGACACUUACCACAUUAAAUCUCUACUACAAUAAAAUCAAAGCUCUUGGAGCUCAGCAUCUAGCAAAUGCACUACAACAUAAUAAGACACUUACUACAUUAAAUCUCGGUCGCAAUGAAAUCAGUGCUUCUGGAGCACGGCAUCUAGCAGCUAUGUUACGAAAUAAUAAAAUACUUAGCACAUUAAAUCUCUUGUACAAUCAAAUCGGAGAUGUUGGAGCACAGCAUCUAGCAGAUGCAUUACGAAAUAAUGAUACACUUACCAAAUUAGAUCUCGGCAGCAAUAGAAUUGGAGAUCUUGGAGCGCAGCAUCUAGGAGAUGUAUUAAGAAAUAAUACGACACUUAUUACGUUAAUUCUCGACAACAAUCAAAUCGGAGAUGUUGGAGUACACCAUCUAGCAGAUACACUACGAAAUAAUAAGACACUUACCACUUUAAAUCUAAGCAGCAACAAAAUCGGAGAUGUUGGAGUACACCAUCUAGCAGAUGCAUUACAAAAUAACAAAACAUUUACGACAUUACAUCUCGGUCGUAAUAAAAUUGGUGCUGUUGGAGCACAGCAUCUGGCAAAUGCAUUACAAAAUAAUACCACACUUACCACAUUAAAUCUCUCGAUCAAUCAAAUCGGAGCUGUUGGAGUACAGCAUCUAGCAGAUAUAUUACAAAAUAAUAAGACACUUGUUACGUUAAUUCUCGACAACAAUCAAAUCGGAGAUGUCGGAGCACAACAUUUAGCAGAUAUAUUACAAAACAAUAAAACACUUACCACAUUACAUCUCUUGUGCAAUCAAAUCGGGGAUGUUGGAGCACAGUAUCUAGCAGAUGGAUUACGAAAUAAUACCGUAACUAUAUCAGUACCUGCCUCAUCGAUCUCAUAUAUGCAUCUGCACUUUUCUUGCAGACACUUACUAAAUUGGAUCUCCGCAGCAAUGAAAUCGGAGUGA